AUGGGACUGGUCCACGAAAUUGCCAUGACGCCGCAGGUCCUUGCCGCCCUCCUCCUCGGCGGCCUGGUCUGGCUUGUUGUCCGUGCCUGGGUCCGCUCGCAGACCGACUCGCUGGCAGCUGACGGCGGGAGCGGCGAGGCGCGGAGCAACAAGAAGCUGUUUCUGGCCGCCGAGGUGAGCAAGCACGCAAGCCCCGAGGAUUUGUGGAUGAUUGUUCACGGCAAGGUCUACGACGUGACGCCGUACGUCGAUACCCACGAGGGCGGCGACGCCAUCCUCAACAACGCCGGCGGCGACAACACCGACGGCUUCCACGGCCCGCAGCACCCGUCCAAGGCCCACGAGAUGCUCAAGGAGUACUACAUUGGCGAGUGCCUCGACGCCGAUGCCGACGGCAAGGCCAAGGCCGCCGUCUCCAUCUCCAACGCCCAGCUCGCUGCCCACGGCAACGACGACGACGCCUGGAUCGCUGUCAACGGCUUUGUCUUUGACGUCACCGGCUACAUGCCCAACCACCCCGGCGGCGCCGCCGCACUCGCCGCCUGGGCCGGCUCCGACGCCACCGACGCUUUCUACGGCGACCAGCACCCGGUCGACGCCGUCAUCGAGCUCAAGAAGCACUUUAUCGGCGUCCUCGCGUAGCCCUGCAGCGGUACGGUUGUUCAAAGUGAACCACACAGCACAUAC